AUGGCAGAUUCAUUGAAGGUGGUGACGAGGGUAUCUACCGUUUCUGACUCUUCCAGACUUUCAGCACAUGACAAGGAUGCCAUACCAAAUUCUCUUCAAGGAGUCAUUUCAAAGUUGCUUCAGGAUGCAGAGAGUACUGUAACAGACGAAGCGGCUUGGCAAACUAAACCACGCCAAAGCGUUGUGGCUUCUAAUAAACCAGAAUACGAUAUUACAUUUGACGAAGUGGACGAUCGGAUUACAGAAUUUCAGGAAGAUGAGCUUGUCAAAAGUGCACUUUCAAAGGGGGUUAAUCUAAGGGAAUAUGCAAUGCAGAUUGAAAAAGACUUGACCCUAGUUCAAGAUGCGCAUGUGUUGGAUUAUAUUCGACAGGUGCAUAGUCUAAUUGAUCUACAUGGUCAAAUUAAAGAAUGUGAUUUAUUGCUGGGUAAUAUGGAAACCCUUCUUCGAGGAAAUCAGAUGCAUUUGGGUCAAAUCAAUGAUGAGAUUAGCGUUAUGCAAGAGCAGUCGCGAUCAAUGACAAUCCGACUUCGUAACCGUGUAUCGACGCAAUCUUCAUUGUUUGAAAUGCUAGAGGGGACUGUUGUAUCACCAGAUUUAAUCAAGAAAAUAUGCGAGGGGGAAGUCAACGAAUUCUUUCUUCAGCAUCUGAUUGAUCUUGACAAAAAAAUGACAUAUGUAAAAAGCAGACAAGAAAAAAAAAUUCGCAGCUUUAAAGAUGUUGCACCAGAACUAGAGCGUUUACGGCAAAGGGCAGUUGAAAAAAUUCGAGACUUUUUACUAAAAAAGAUUGAAUCGCUCAAGUCACCCAAUACCAAUAUUGCAAUUAUCCAACAAAGUGUGUUUCUUAAAUAUCGCAGCAUGUUUUCAUUUUUAAUGGAGCGGUAUAGCGAAGUAGGCGUUGAAAUACACGGCAACUACGUUGCAACUGUGUCUAAUUAUUAUUUUGUGCUGUUUGAAAAAUAUGUCAAAUCAAUUGCUAAAUUUCAAAUGGUGAUUGCAGACAAGUUUGAUCUUAUUGGAUGCGAAGAAGGAGCAAAACGAGGCCUAUUUAGUGGACGGCUUACGUUAAAAGACAAAACAAAUGUUUUUACAUUGGGAGAUCGAUUGCAAGUACUGGUCAACCCAGAUCCAGGAAUCAUCAUGUUAAAUAUAGCCGAGGAUAGCCAUUUGAAAUACUCUUACGAAGCCAUCUUUAAAUCUACCACCCGCCUUUUAUUGGACAAUGCAUGCUCCGAGUAUAUUUUUACAACCGAAUUUUUUUCCAAAACAAACACAUCUCACCCAAUUGAGGUUCCAGGAGUAGUUUUUACAGAAAUCUUUGAUCAAACGCUUAAAAUGCUGCAAGCAACUAUCAAAGCUCAAAUCGAUAAUACAUUUGAUGCAGUGGGCAUUUUGAUAUGUAUUCGAAUCAACAGUCAAAACAUUCGUAUUAUGCAAAAACGCCGUAUUCCAUGUCUCGAAACGUUUUUAAAUCUAAUUAAUAUUUUGCUAUGGCCACGAUUUCAAGCCAUUAUCGAUAUGCACAUUGAUAGUUUGCGCAGAGCUGCUGUCAAUCGACUACUUGUUACCAAAGAAGUUCAUCCGCACUAUAUAAUGAGACGAUACGUCGAGUUUAGCGCUGCCAUUUUAACACUGAAUCAGGGAUAUGACGAUGCUCUUUUGACAAACAGUCUUGCACGAUUACGGAGCGAAGUGGAAGUGUUGAUUCAAAGAAUGGCAAUGGAGUUUCCAAGCCGUAAAAAUCGAUCCGUGUUUUUCAUCAACAACUUUGAUCUAGUGGCAUCGAUUCUCAAUGAAUACACAACAGCUUCGUUCAACCAUGAAAAAGAAUACUUUGAUCGUAUUGUAAUUGACCACACUUCCGAAUUUGUGGAUAAUGAGCUUGAUCAAUACAUUCAUGACAUGAUGGAGCUUGUGCAAAAAUAUGAGACUGUAGAUAACUUGUCAUUUGUAGAUGCAGAGAAAUUUGAGCAGGUAGCCACAGAUUUCAAUGCAACGUGGAAAUCUACCAUCAAUAACAUGUAUAUAUCCAUCACGCAAGCAUUUCCCAACUUUCAAAACGGAGCACGUAUACUGCAUACUGCCAUGACCCAGUUUUUACUGUUUUAUCGCCGAUUCUUGACAUGUUUUGAAAGACGAUUCAGUCAGGGCAAAAAAUCACGAGUGCAACCUGUGGGAAUCCAGAGUCUAAUGGUCGAGAUUAAGAAAUUCAAAUCCAGUUUCCAGUAA